GAGACACCCCGUACACCCUGCCUCGUCCUCAUGGCCUACCUGAGCCCCUCACAGCUUCAGAAGUUUCAGGAGGAUGGCUUCCUGGUGCUGGAAGGAUUCUGGUCUGCAGACGAGUGUGUGGCCAUGCAGCGGAGGAUUGGCGAGAUAGUGGCUGAGAUGGAUGUCCCUCUCCACUGUCGCACGGAAUUUUCCACCCAGGAGGAGGAGCAGCUGAGAGCCCAGGGCAGCACAGACUAUUUCUUAAGCAGCGGCGACAAGAUUCGGUUCUUCUUUGAGAAAGGCGUCUUUGAUGAGAAAGGAAAUUUCCUGGUCCCUCCGGAGAAAUCCAUCAACAAAAUUGGCCAUGCUCUGCACGCCCAUGACCCUGUCUUCAGGUGUGUCACACACUCCCCCAAGGUGCAGGCUUUGGCCAGAAGUCUGGGCCUCCAGAUGCCCGUGGUGGUGCAGAGCAUGUAUAUCUUUAAGCAACCUCACUUGGGCGGCGAAGUCUCCCCUCACCAGGACGCCUCCUUCCUGUAUACGGAGCCUCUGGGCCGGGUGCUGGGCGUGUGGAUUGCUCUGGAAGAUGCCACGCUGGAGAAUGGCUGCCUCUGGUUCAUCCCUGGCUCCCACACAGGUGGAGUGUCGAGAAGGAUGGUCCGGGCCCCUGCUGGCUCGGCGCCUGGCACCAGCUUCCUUGGGACCGAGCCAGCCCGGGAUAACAGCCUCUUUGUGCCCACACCGGUGCGGAGAGGGUCCCUCGUCCUAAUCCACGGAGAAGUGGUGCACAAAAGUGAGCAGAAUCUCUCCGACUGCUCACGCCAGGCCUAUACUUUCCACCUCAUGGAGGCUGCUGGCACCGUCUGGAGCCCAGAUAACUGGCUCCAGCCGACAGCUGAGCUGCCCUUUCCCCCGCUGUACACCUAAAGGCCCUCUGAGGGCAGGGACACCA